UUCAUUAUAAAUUCAAAAGCAGUGUUUGAUAAUGUGGUGGGCGUCAUUGAAGUUCGCACCCAUUCAAACGCCCACAACUUUCUCCUCCGACGACCAUCAACUGAGCUGACCGCAACUUCAACUCCAACUCGUUUAAACUGUCACGGCCGGAGAAUCUUUAACUCUAUCUUCCCCUCUGUGUGAAGGCCCGGCCUCAUAGCCAGCCAUCAUUGGAUUCAAGUCGCUCAAUUCUCAUUUUCAAUUCAUGCGCCCAACUUAGUUUGAUCUUGGAAUUGAAUUCCACUAUCUAAUUCACUCGUUUCUGCCGCGGGUUUCCGCUUGUGGAAGCUCCAUUCUAAAAUACUAUGGAGUUGGAGGUGAGGACUGUGGGAGGGAUGGAGAACUGUUUUGUGUCUCUUCCUCUUGUUCUCAUCCAAACUCUCGAGAGGCGGCCUGGUUUUGCCUCGGCCAUGGACCGUCUCCCUGAAAUACUCGUUCUUGAACUUCGUAAUUCCUCUUCCGAUGAGGUCUGGACGGUUUCUUGGUCUGGCGCUACCUCAACUUCUUCUGCAAUUGAGGUCUGCAAGCAGUUUGCAGAUUGCAUUUCCUUACCAGACUGUACCACUGUUCAAGUUCGAGCUGUUUCUAAUGUGCCAAACGCUACUGAAGUCUUGAUAGAGCCAUAUAGUGAGGAUGACUGGGAAGUUUUAGAGUUAAAUGCAGAAAUUGCUGAGGCAGCCAUGUUGAACCAGGUCAGAAUCAUUCAUGAAGCAAUGAGAUUUCCUUUGUGGUUGCACGGUCGAACGGUUGUUACGUUUCGCGUGGUUUCUACUUCUCCUAAGCGUGCGGUGGUGCAACUUGUGCGUGGAACUGAAGUAGAAGUGUUAUCAAAGACACGCAAGAAAUUUCUGGACUCUAGAAAAGCUAUGCUGCGAGUUCAAGAUCUAGACAAGAGAUUGAUUUACAAUAGUAAUUGUACAGGCAUUGAGGUUCGAGUAGUGCCAACUUCUGUUGCCUUUAUUCAUCCUCAAACAGCUAAAAGUUUCUCAUUGAAUUCUCUUGAGUUGGUUUCUAUAUUGCCUAGAUCAUCACGAAAAGAUAGUGGGAAGCGUAGUGAGAACAAUGAUUUGGGGAAGUUGAAAGGUUCAACUGCAAAAUCAAACAGUGGAGAAAGAAAUAAUGGAGAGAAAAACCGACCGGCUAUUGUUUAUCUUUUAAAUUCAAAUUUGGUGAACGAAGGACAUAUAAUGCUCGCUCGCUCACUUCGACUUUAUCUGAGAAUCAACUUGCAUUCAUGGGUUCUUGUAAAGCCACAGAAUGUUAAUUUGAAGGUGGAUUUCUCCUCUGCUUCGCUCUCACCUUGCUACUUUAAAGUACAAGAUGAUGAUGUACCUCUUGCUAAAAAUGACUUGAAGGUGAGUGACAUCCAUAGAAGCGUGAAGAGGAAAAAUAUGUUAGGGAAAACCAGCUCUUGGUCUUUUAUGGACGUUGCUAACGUGUCAGCUCACGAUCAAGUUGUUGAUGUUCUCACUCGUGAAUCUCCUUGUAGAGAGGAUGAGGAUUCUCGCUAUUUGCCAAGUUUAAAAAAAGGAUUACAAAUUCUUUUUAGAGAAUGGUUUUUUGCACAUCUAAAUGCCAUUGCUUCUAGUGUAGGAACUGAAGUUAAUUCAGUGCUUUUGGGAAACCAAAGCUUGCUUCACUUUGAAGUCAGUGGUUUGAAGUUUGGAACUAAAGGAAAUAUAAAAUCAGCAUCUGUUAAUGCUUCAGAAUACACAACUAAGACAGUUGAGAUCCUGUAUGCUAUGACUAUUUCUGAAGAGCCAUUGCAAGGGUUAUGCAGUAAUGCGUUCAAACUUUCCUUUGAUGAGCAAAACAAGUGCGUCAUUAGUUUGGGAGGUGUGGAGUUGUCUAAAAGAUUGCACUUUGGUGAUCCUGUACCCUUUUCAACCAUCAAAGAGAAGACAUAUGUUGAGGUUGAUAGCUUGGAUGUAUCUUCUCUGAGCUGGUUGGACGAAUCACUUCCUAAUGUUAUUAAUAGGAUUAAAGUAUUAUUAUCACCGAGAGCUGGUAUGUGGUUUGGGACCCACAACAUUCCACUUCCUGGACAUAUUCUCGUAUGUGGACCCCCGGGUUCUGGAAAGACAUUAUUAGCAAGAGCUGCUGCCAAAUUCCUUCAGGAAUAUGAAGAUCUUUUAGCGCACGUAGUUUUUGUAUAUUGUUCUCAACUUGCUUCUGAAAAAGUCCAGACUAUUCGUCAGUCACUAUUGAACUAUGUAUCAGAAGCCUUAGAACAUGCGCCCUCUCUUAUUGUUUUUGAUGACUUAGACAGCAUUAUAUUGUCAACAUCUGACUCGGAAGGGUCUCAGCCGUCCACGUCCAUGUCUGCAAUAACAGAGUUUCUCAUUGACAUGAUAGAUGAAUAUGAGGAAAAGAGGAACAAUUCGUGUCAGGUUGGCCCAAUUGCAUUUGUAGCUUCUGUGCAGACUCUAGAUAAAAUACCACAAUCAUUGAGAUCUUCAGGAAGAUUCGACUUUCAUGUGGAAUUACCUGCUCCUGCUGCAUUAGAACGAGCUGCUAUUCUGAAGCAUGAAAUACAGAGACGUGCCCUGGAUUGUUCAGACGUAACCUUACAAGACAUCGCCUCAAAAUGUGAUGGCUAUGACGCAUAUGAUUUAGAAAUUUUGGUAGAUAGAGCUGUCCAUGCUGCUGUUAGCCGUUUUCUGCCAUUGCAUUUUGCUCAUAACCAGAAUCAGAAUCCCACUUUAGUUGAAAAUGAUUUCUCUCUGGCGAUGAAUGAGUUCGUUCCGGCUUCAAUGCGUGAUAUUACUAAACCAGCUGCAGAAGGUGGUCGUUCUGGUUGGGAUGAUGUCGGUGGUUUAGUUGAAGUCAAAAGUUCUAUCAAAGAGAUGAUUGUAUUUCCAUCAAAGUUUCCCAAUAUCUUUGCUCAAGCCCCUUUAAGGUUACGGUCAAAUGUUCUCCUAUACGGACCUCCUGGUUGUGGCAAGACGCACAUAGUUGGUGCUGCUGCUGCUGCUUGUUCAUUGCGAUUCAUAUCAGUCAAAGGGCCUGAACUUUUAAACAAAUACGUUGGUGCUUCUGAGCAAGCUGUUCGGGAUAUUUUCUCUAAAGCAACUGCAGCAUCACCUUGCAUUCUUUUCUUUGAUGAGUUUGAUUCAAUUGCUCCAAAGAGAGGGCACGAUAAUACUGGAGUGACUGAUCGUGUAGUCAAUCAAUUUCUAACUGAAUUGGAUGGUGUUGAAGUUUUAACCGGUGUAUUUGUUUUUGCUGCAACGAGUAGACCAGAUUUGCUUGAUGCCGCACUUCUAAGACCUGGCAGAUUGGAUCGCCUUCUGUUUUGUGAUUUCCCCUCUCCAGUGGAACGGCUAAAUAUUCUUCAAGUUCUUUCAACAAAGCUGCCAUUGGCCAAUGAUGUAGAUUUGGAGCCAAUCGCUUAUAUGACAGAAGGAUUCAGUGGAGCUGACCUUCAAGCUCUACUCUCAGAUGCUCAACUUGCGGCAGUUCACGAGCAUCUAGAUAGUGUAAAUGCUAAUGACCCGGCUCAAAAGCCUAUCAUUUCUAAUGCUCUUUUGAAGGAAACUGCAGGCAAAGCACGACCAUCAGUUUCAGAGACUGAGAAGCAAAGACUGUACGGCAUUUACAGACAGUUCCUCGAUGCCAAAAAAUCUGUCUCUGCUCAGACUAGGGAUGCAAAGGGCAAGAGGGCAACUCUAGCUUAAGGACCACCAGCUGCUUACCUUCUUGUUUUCUACGAGUUUAUCCAUUGUUGCUGUACAACACAAUUGUUUCAAAAUAAGUUUAGAUGUUAGGUUACACAUAGGGAAAGGUCUGAAUUGAUUUGUUUACACAAUAAAUGAAUCUUGUGUUGCCGAUAUACUUUUACUGAUAGGUCGAAAUGAAAAAUAACUCAUUUCUUAAAAGUGAAUGAAAAGUGAAUUUUUGCUUGUGUUA